UAGUACACAGCAGAAGUCAAAAUAUGAAGAUUUUAUUUUUUUUUCUGCUGAUGUGGACAUUUUAUUUUGGUACAGAUACAAAACGGACAUUGCGAGAAGAAUAUGAUAACAGACCUUUUGACAAGACAAACACAAAGAAAUGGUCAGACAAAGGUGUAGUCAAAGCGAUUGGGGAGGUGAGGCGUAUUGGCAAUUCCAAAAUUGUGUCUGUAACGUGUCGUCUAGACCCCACCAAAUUUGGGAUGGUGAAAUUUAUCGUAUGGUGGGUCAUGUUGUGGCGACCCAAAACCGCUAAAACUUACGGUCUCAUUGCAGCUUCAGACUUGAACGAUAUGCCUGUCAUGGGUAGAAAUAACCUAAGAUGGGAGAAAAGGAACAAUCUUGUGACCAAUCUGAAACCUCAUUUAGUAUGUGCUGUCGAAAACAUGAACUCGGAGAUAUACAUGAAACGAAACAACAGGGAUGAUUACCUGCGCAUGUACUUUAUCAUGGACAAGUGCGACCCCCCGGGGGUGUUCCGCUGUGAGGUGUUGAUCAGGACGCAUAACAAUCCACGCACAGAAGUGCCUAUUCGUAGAGAAUUCGAUGCCGAAACGACUAAGGAAGGAAAAGUGGAAUCAACGUGUGAAAAGAAUCAAUUUAAGGACCUCGCUCGAAACUUCAUGGAGAUCUAUGACUCCCUACCCGGGUAUUACAUGGAUUCAAUGGAACAUGCUUUUCUCAUGUCAGAUGAGGAAAAGGGAGACCCGAAGAAGUGGCGAAGAGAGGGUGGAUACACAAGAAUGCACGCUAACUUCAUCGAGGAUAAAGAAAAGAACAUGAAAUAUAUGGAGUUAACAUGUAAAGUUAAUAUCAGGAAAAUAAAAAAAACUGUCAACUCUGUUGAAGCAUUUUACAUUUUUUACCAGCCCGACGAAGAGUGGCCCAAUGCACGGAUACUGCUCGCCGGACUGGUGGGAAGUAUGGGAAUGUGGGCGGAUCCCUACGGAGUCCGGAUGUUUCCGGAGCUGCGCAUGUUGCUGGAUAAACACAAAGGCAUGGCCUGGAGGGGGAAUUCAGGCAAUGGAAAAAAGGCAACAUUUACAAUAGUUGUACCAUUGACGUUAUGCCAAACUCUAAAGGGAGCAUUCCAGUGUCAGGCGGCGGUGGAAGCCCCGAAUUUGUCUAAAAAGAAAAUAACGAUGGUCAGAGGAUGGCUUAAAUUAGGAGACACCCCAUUUUCAACUGGCAGCAAGAAAUGCAGACUAGAGAAACUUGAAGGUAACCGUACCAGAACAAGUUGGGGCCGUGCCGUCAUACGGUUAGUGAACAAGAAAGAGAUGGAGGGGUUCUUCGGGGAUCGAGUCAUCGUUGGGGGCAUUUGUGGCAUCAUUGUGUUGGGGGUGGCAGGAUGUGUGGGUUACAAGCUGUGUCGUAAGAAGACUCAAUGUUCCGAGAAGGCAAAAAGAGGGGGCGGACAAGGAGUAAUACCACCUGCUGCCAAAGGGCCAGGAAUGGGGCGGGGACGGGGACGGGAAUGGGGUAGAGGAAAGUGAUAAAACAACUUACGUGAUAUCUUGUCUUUCAAAGUCAAGGCCAUUUCAAAGACAACUCAUGUUCGUCUUCAUUUAAUUGAUUGUUUAAUGACUGUA